CCCAGCAUUAUCCGCAGGGUUGUCUUUAGAUUUUCGCAUUAUUUUUCCUCGUUUCUGUUGUUAUUCUUGAAAGGCCUAUUUUUUAUUUUACAUAAAUUUUCUCAAUUGUUAAGUCCCUUACCUAAUACGCUAUAUAUUUGUGUUUCAACGAUGGAGUCCAAAUUAAAUGAUCUGUGCAUUCAGUUUUACGAUAUUGGUGCUGUUAAAUUUGGUGACUUUAAAAUGAAAGUAGGGGUUAACUCUCCAGUGUAUUUUGAUCUUAGAAUAAUGAUUUCUUACCCUAAAAUUAUGAAAUUACUCUCAGAGCUGCUUUGGGACCAUAUUCAAGCGGAAGGCUUAAAAUGUGAUGUACUCUGUGGCGUUCCCUACACUGCUUUACCGCUGGCAACAAUAAUAGCAGUCAAUGCCGGCUUGCCAAUGCUCAUUCGUCGGAAAGAGGCAAAAGAUUACGGAACUAGGAAACUUGUUGAGGGAGUUUUCAACAAAGGCGAUCGCUGCAUCAUUAUUGAAGAUGUUGUCACAACUGGUUCAAGCAUUUUGGAAACUGUAGAGGAUUUGAAAAGAGAAGGUCUGGAGGUACGAGAUACCAUUGUAGUUCUUGACAGAGAACAAGGUGGCUCCGGGAACCUCAAGAAGCAGGGGAUUGUGAUGAAACCCCUUCUCACACUCACUAAGCUACUCAAAUGUUUGCGAGCUGCUGGCAAGAUUGAUGAUGAAACGAUAAACAAGAUCCGAACGUACAUUUCUGCCAACCAGCUUGACUCGAGAGGCGAGCCAAUCAAACAAAUCCUAGUGUCGCGGAUAGAAAUGCCGUUGUUGGAGAGAGCCGAGGCUGCUCCGUGUUCCAUCGCUGCCAGACUUCUGCGCAUCAUCAACGACAAACAGAGUCCGCUGUGUGUCGCAGUUGACGUAACAUCAUCUGCGCAACUGCUCAAGAUAGCCGAGGAGGUUGGUCCACACGCAGCUGUCGUGAAGACACAUUCUGACAUCGUAACCGACUGGACGGCAGAUGUUGGCAGUAAGCUAAGAGAACUUGCAAAGCGUUAUAACUUCCUGGUCAUGGAAGACAGAAAGUUUGCUGAUAUUGGUAACACUGUUGCGCUUCAGUAUGCAGUUAUUGCUCCGUGGGCUGACCUCGUAACCGUUCAUGGCCUUCCUGGUGACGCUGUACUAGGUGCUAUCGAGGCGGAGGCAGCGAAGUUGUCAGAGCCGAGGGGAGUGUUUCUUAUUGCCCAACUGAGUUGUGCCGGCAACCUUAUAACACCCCAAUAUACCAAGAGUGUAAUGCGCCAGGCGGGCGCCUAUCCCAAGCUGGUCGCAGGAUUGGUCGCCCAGUCAGCCGAUGUCGUCGUGUCACCAGGCCUUGUACAACUUACACCUGGAGUCUCGUUGGCUGAAGCAGCAGAUGGUUUUGGUCAGCAGUACAACUCCCCCCGAGCCGUUGUGAUGAGCAAGGGUGCGGAUCUGGCUGUGGUGGGGCGAGGAGUGGUGCGGGGCGACAACCCCGCCGCAGCUGCCCGUCAAUACCAGACUCAGCUGUGGGACGCACUGCAGGAGAGACUCAAACAGUAGACUGAGGAGACUAUCAAACAGAAGACUCUGUGAGUUCACUAUACAUUCCGUGCCAUACAUUCCAUUGACAGCGAACAACGUUGUUAGUAUAUUUAGUUAAAAAGGACUAUUUACUGUAGUUUUUAUUUUUAAGGAUACCCUGACUUUACGAUGUUGAAUGUUAUACGCUAGGUACACUGUAAUGAACAUAUGUAGCUAUAGUUGUUACCAUAGCAACCUAAAUGUUUAUUAUCAAAAUGCUGUUUACUUUUUCUAUUCUGAUUUUUAAUACAACACAGUUACUUUUAUUUCAA